GUCUCUCUGGGACACCACAGUGUUUUGAGAGCUACCCGGGGACCAGAUUUUACAGUUUUGCAGGUGUCCCCCAGGGCGCAAGUGAAGUUAUCCAUCAAAAGCUGAUUCCUCUGCUGAAGUCUCUGAUUCAGACGCUGGGGGAAAGCAAAAGGAGUCCUAUGUCUCCUGAGAUGCUGGUUCUGGGGUCAGAUAAAGGCUAUUGCUCACAAAGCACUUUAAAGGCCUCAACAGCUCAUUCGGAGGCAUUCCUGGCUUGCAGCGGCCCCGAAGUCACUCCACCUACCCUGCUUUCACCUCUCCAGCCCUCUUCAUCCCCAUCGAAGAUCCCACACAUACAGCAAGAAGUCCAGACAAGGUUUUUCUUGGAGAAACAUGCCAGUGAGUCGGUGCACCUAGAGCUGUCCUUAAUGACAGAGGAAAUAAACACAAUCUGCUCCUUUUAUGAAUCAUCCAAAGCUCUGGAAAAGGAAGAGCAUAAAGAAAGCCGGAAUGUGAAAAGCAAUAAAGAGAUGGCGAUGGGCAGGAAGUGGGACACUCUUUUGCAAGACCUGGCUGAAUGCCACCAGGAGGCUGAACAAACCCUGCGCCAGAAGCACUGGGAAGACAUCAAGAAUUCAGGGCUCAGUCUGGAUGUAGGAACACCCAAAGACAGCUUGCAUUUCCUAGAAGAAAUUCCACAUCACUUCUCAUUGCUUGAUCCUGGGUCACGAAUUUCUGAUUCCCACAUCAGAUCAGACGUUGCUAAAGAACAAGAAGCAGCCUAUUCAUUGGAAGAAAAGUUAUUUCCAGACUCAACUCAAAUAUUACAGGCUUCAGCACUCAAAAUAGUAAAGCUGGAAGCUAUGAAACAAGUUUGUCUGUAUAGAGUGCUGGAUCACUACAGUGCUCUCCAGAGGCAGGCCUGCCCAGAGGGUGUGUCAAGGAUCCUAAACCAGUUGGAGUACAGAGCUGCAGGAGAAGCAGUCGCUCAGGAGGUAGCCCAGGCUGUGGAGAAACAGCAAGUCACAAGAGCCAUGGCUUUUCUCCAAAAGCACCACCAAGAGAGGGAUUUGCUCAUUGGAUUAAAGGAAGAGUCAGAGGGUAAACUGAGGCAUCUGCAGAAACAGUUCCAAAUGGAGCUUCAAAUGCAAACAGAAGAAAAGCUGCAGGCCAAAGAAAUGCAAGUGAUCCACAAAGCUGAAAGACAGGAGUUAAGAAACCAUAUUGAGCACCUGAUAUAUUUUAUCCUGUCUCAGAGGCACCUGCGGCAAACAGUAAUAAUGCUACAAGACUGCUUCAGGCUCCAAACAGUGAAUGAGGGAACGCAGAAUGAAGACGGGCAUCUGGAGGAGCUGGCCAUAGAGGAGCCAUUGCUCGAUGAUGAUUUUAAGAGUAUUUUGCAUCUCAUGAAAGAUCACACGGAGCACAGAUCAUCAGUCCUGGAGCUGAAACAAGCUGCCAAAUUGUUGCAGCUGAGAGAGAAACAAUAUAGAGAAGUAGCCCGUGGCCUGAAAGACCAUUCUUUGGACAAGGCUGUGGAUGAUGCUAACACAGCAACUGAUGGACUGCGGGAAUUUAGAGAGCAGACAAUAAGGAGAUUGACAGAACAGCUGAAAAUAGCCAUGGGCAAUAGAAAAACUAGGGAAAACACCCCAAGCCUCCUUCAUCCAGUGCAGAUCAAAAAACCCACCCUGGAAGCAGAAAAUAAAAGAGGAAAAAGGGAAGAGAUAUGGGAGAUUUUCCAAGAGAAGCAGCUGGAGCUGGAAGAAUCUGACAGAUGGCAAAUAUCAGAUGAAGGAGCAAAGCUGCAGGAUCAGCUGGAGCGUGGAGACCUAAAGAGCUGGAUGAUGCAUAAACUGGUCAAAGAACACAAUGACACCACGGCCUUCUCGGAAAAGGCUUUCCAACAGGACUUGGAGAAGCUGCGAAUGAGGCCAGAGCAGGAGGAGAAUGAGAAAGAAGGGAAACAACCAGAAAAAGACCCUUCUUCAUCUUCAUCUACCUCCUCACACACCCAAGAGAAACCUAGCCAGACGUGUGACCAGGUUGUAGCGCUCUUUGCAGAGAGUAUCAAAAUACUGAAGCAGACUGAAAAGGUGAUGGCCUCAAGGAUUAGCCUUCUGAAUCCUCAGUUCUUGUGUGAUCGCAAUAAAGGCAAAUGCCUAAAUACCUCUCCGCUCCUCACACUCUUGAGAGAUGUGAAUGACCAGCUCCAAACUCAUGCAAAGGCAGCAGGGCUGCUGGAAAGCCAGCAGGAGAAAGGCACAGGAAGUUCUUUCCGGGACGUAUCGGACGUUCUGAUGACUCAUAAAGGGAAACUUAAACCAGUUCAUCCCGAAGCCCUUUCUGCAAGAGAGUUUGUCAUAUACCAGUAUGGCAUCUCCAUCCUACAAUUUCUACGACUUCACAUCAAUGCUCCGGAAAUUAACCUCUGCAUUGCCACCAGCAUACCUCGCAGUAAUGCUGUGGGCAACGCUUUCCAAAAUUCCUUCUUUUACCAGAAUUUCGAGAAGAAAUUAUUUGUUUUAAGAGAGUGUCUGGGCUCUGUGGGCAGCUUCCUUCUGCUGCUGGUGCAUUGUCUGGCUCACAUCGCUGCCGCUGACCUCAGCCAGGACUCCAGCCCAGCCUUUCUGAGACUGUUUUAUCAGGCACUAAAGGCCUGUCUCAGUGAAACCUUCUCUCUCAGACUCCGGAUGUCAGCACUUCUGCAGGACAAUAAAUCCUCUGAGAGGAUAAGUGAGAUUCUGCUGAAGGGAGAACCACUCGUGGAAGGGAACAUAAAUCUUCUCUCUCAGCUUUUUGAUGCAAAAGUGGAAUCAUCCACAGAGACUGAGACCUCUGAGGAGUGUAAGAGGAACCUCUUGCUCCAUGCAAAGCUUGAGGACUUGCUGAAGAAUACACUGUCCGGAAAGAAAAGGGAACAUUUCAUCCCCAGCUCAGCUGACUGCAAAGAGAAGAGCUCUGCUGGGAGGACAAGCUUGCGAGAGGAAAACUGCUCUUCCUUCAGUCCUGCAGAAAUGGAAGAGAAGCUGGACACAUUAACAGAAGAGCUGGUGAAAAUCAUGGAAGAGGAGCAUCGCUAUUUAAGCAAUGCUGCCAAUGAUGAUUUGCCCUUUGAUCGUCUAGAAAUAAUUGGUUUGGAGAAAGACUGUCUGGUAAAGCAAAUAGAAAUGUUAGAGGGGAAAAUAGCAGAAAGCAGAGGGGGGUUAUGGUAACGUUAUCACAGCAAAUUAAAACCACAGAGGAUAAUUUGGCAGCGAAAACCUAAUGUGGCUCUUCAGACCCUGCACUGAAGAAACAUCUCCGUGUUGUUCCACUGUGGGUGUCCUUUCUCCCAGCUGCUUAUUAAAAAAGCUUGUCUGGUAUCAUUGAAAAAGCCAGGACCCCGGCCCAAAUGGUUCUGUGACUUCUUCAGCAAUACUGCUUAAUCAGUGCUAAAUAACCAGUUGACAAAUCUUGGAUAUCAUCAUUGCACAAACAAGCCAGAGCUCAACUGAUCAUCAAAAAGGAACCAGGUGGGGAUUUAGAAAUAAAAAUUCAUAUCAAUCUAGCUUACAGAAAUGUCUGAACAGCAUUAAAUGAUGUAGCUUGGCAACCCCUAUAUUCACUUUUGGCCCUUAAAAUUGUUGAAAGCAGUUUCUUGUCCACAUUUCAGGGCCCAGUUUCAAAAACUACUGGGCCUUUCUUACUGAUGUCUGUAGGAGCUGAAUGCUCCCUGUUCCUUGCUCUAGGAGAGGCGAUGCUAUCUCUGACCUUAAUAAUGCAAGGGGAGAUGAAAGGUGAGCCCUGCAUAUAGAUUUGAAGGUGAUUAUGUCUGUUGUGAAUGACUUCAGUGCAAUUAAAACAGUGUCAGCUAUUUGAUUUCUUUCAUGUUCUUCGUAAGGAUGAUUUGAUUAGUGUCCUUGUGAAGUACGUACUCACAACAUAGUGUGAGAGUUCAGAGACCAGCCGAAACGCUAAUCAAUAAGCUACAUCUGUUUGCACAAACAAAUGGUUUUAAAAAAAAUGCAGAUCAAAGCUGAAGUGGCAGGUGUCCAGGCUCUGAGCCACGGGUGUACUGAGAAGCCAUAAGGCAGCAGCGCUUCUGAGUUCUGCUAGUGCGAGAAGUGAAGACACCGACCGCAAGGGACUCAACUUCUUGGCUAGUCCCCCAAAAUCUCUCCAUUCCCUUGCCAUUAACAUACACUGCAAGCUUUUAAAGUGAAGACUUUUAAAUGGAAAUACUGUACAAGUCAUGACUAAAAGAAAGUGUUAGUUUCUACCUGCCUUUCAUGAGGGAUCUACUGGAAUCUAUUAAUAGCAAAUUUAUUUCAAGAACAGUGGUAUGAUUACAUGUGUUUAAAAAAAUGAAUUUAUGCAUGGAUGUGAGUCAGUGAU